AGCAUCAUCAUCUCCGAUCAUUGAAAUUGAAUUAACCACGAACGGCCCCGGCUUUAUUCUCCGGUCCAAAAAAACUUUCCAGCUUUUACUGGAGUACUUUCGUCUUCUACUACUCUGAUAGGUACUCAAUUGCAGAAACGCGCCUAUACACAAGCUCUGCUUAGCAGCGAUCCUCUUGCUUUCGGCCACUGGCUGCCGACACGAGAACUUGAAUUAGCACAUCGACAUGUCCUCUUCCGACGAGGACAUUGUCCGUCGCCCCGGACGAGGUGCAGGAGGCGCUCCUGGGAGCCCGUCGGGCAGCGAGCUCGGUUCCGAUGCGGGCAAUAUGAACACUUACGACGACGCUGACCUUUUCGGCUCAGAUGCCUCAGAUGGAGGCUUCGGUGAUGGUGGUGGUGGUGAUGAUGACAAUGACCAACAGCCUGAACGAACCCUCGACGACGAAGAGCUCGACUCGGGAGACGACGUGGAUCGCUAUGAUCGCGCCGGAGAGCGCAUGGACUACGAAGAUGGGGGCGAAGAACAAUUUCAGGAAACGGUGAACAUCAUGGAUUUGACGCUGAGCCGCGCCCCGGAACCCUUGUCCUCCAAUGGCGAGAUCUACACCAUGCCCGUCCCUGCUUUUCUGUCGGUGGAGACCGAGGAGUUCAACCCGGAAACAUACGUUGCGCCUCCCUUCGCGACCGCCGCUACUUCGCUUUGCUGGAGACACGAUCCUCAGGACGAGUCUCUCCUCCAAUCCAACGCUCGCAUCAUCCGCUGGGAGGAUGGGUCGAUGACUCUGCAGCUUGCCUCGGCGCCGAAAGAGCAAUACCGGAUCUCAACGAAGCCGCUUGCGCCGCUCAACAAAGCCGGUGAAUACGAUGUCAAGCUCGAUUCGCACGUCUACCUGGGUGCCGCCGCGGAGGCUUCCUCCGUGUUCCGACUCACCUCCCACCUCACCCAUGGCCUCACAGUGUACCCGACGACGAUGGAGACGGACGAUGCGGUGCAGCGCCUCCAGGAGUCGCUGGCCGCGGCCGCUCGCAGCGGCAAGAAAACGCUGGACGGCUCGGCGCCUGUCAUUGAAGUCAAGGAGGAUCCCGAGCUGGCCAAGCGGCAGGCCGAGAUGGCCGAGCGGGAGAAGCUCAAGGCGGCGCGUCGGCGCCAACAGCUGGCUGACCGGGAGCUUGACCGUGGUCGUCGGGCUGGAUUCGGCCACCGCACUGGAGGCGGCGGGCUCACCGUGGGCGGCUUGGAAGACGAUGAUGGUCUGAUGACGACCCGGCCUCGCGCCAAGAAAGCGCGGAAGCCUAAUCGCCGCGGCGAAAUCUACACCGAUGACGAGGAGGACUAUGACCGCCGUGGACGCACCCGCGAGGACGAGUACGACGAAGACGAUGGCUUCCUGGUCGGCAGUGACGAGGAGCCCGAGAUCGUGGACGAUGACGACGAUGAAGACAUCCUCGAAGACGAGGACAUGGAUGCCGAGGGUGACGACGAUGAUGCUCCGCCCGCCAGACCCCGCCACAAACGCCCUUCGCCUGAUGCCAGUGCCAAUACUCCCCCGACGCGGAAGAAGAAUCGGUAUAUCGUGGAUGAUGACGACGAGGAGUAAUGGCUCCAGUUCCCUCAGCGUCCUCAUGAUGUCAUCUUUUUUUUCUUCUCAGAUUUUGCAUCCAUCAACUCUGCUUGCAUAUGCUAAUGACUUGUAACUAUUAUAUCAUAUCUCUGGAUACUUCAUCGGCGUACGACUGGUCAUAUUUGCCUGGGUUUCCUUCUUCUUCUCCUUCUUCCUCUUGAUUUUAACUCAACAUGACAAAUCCAUAAAAGAAGAAAUGUGCUUG